AUGUAUCUUUCUUUCUUUCUUUCUUUCUUUCUUCUCCUCUUUUUUUCUCAUAUUACCUUUCUUUCUUUUCUUAUUUCUUUACUUUCUCUCGCCUUUAUUGUCUCUUUCACCCUACCAGCUUCUUUCUUUCUUUCUUUCUUUCUUCCUCUCUUUCUUUCUCAUAUUACCUUUCUUUCUUUUCUUAUUUCAUUACUUCCUCUAACCUUAAUGUCUCUUUCGCCCUUCCAGCUUCUUUCUUUCUUCCUCUCUUUCGUUCUUUCUUUCUUUCUUUGCUUGUGUCACUCUCAUAUUCCAUCUACCCCUUUUAUUCUUUUCUUUGUCCUUCAUUUCAUCACUUUCCAUCCUCACAUCUUUCUUUCUUUCUUUUUCUCAUUACCCCUCCCUUUUCUUUACCUUUUUCUUUUAUUCCCCACCUCACUUCCACUGUCUUUCUUUCUUUUUCCUAUUUUUCCGUCGACUCAAUUUAACUUAUUUAAUUUAAUCUAUCUAUCUAUCUAUCUAUCUAUCUAUCUAUCUAUCUAUCUAUGUUCAGUUUCUGUCUGUCUGUCUGUCUGUCUCAGUUCAGUGUCUAUCUGUCUGUCUAUCCAUCCAUCUAUCUAUCUUAGUUCAGUAUCUAUCUAUCUAUCUAUCUAUCUAUCUAUCUAUCUAUCUAUCUAUCUCAGUUCAGUGUUUGUAUCUCUGUCUGUCUAUCUGUCUAUCUAUCUGUCCUAA